UGUCCUUGAAAAUGCAACACUGUACUUAGGUGACUUUUGCCAAGUCCAGUUUUGACUGUGUUUGUGAGUACUCAGUGUAGUGUGUGGCAGUAAAAAAGCCGAUAUUUUCUGCUUCUAGUAUUCCUUUCCUCCUCUUAUUUUCUCUUUUCCAAAACAAAAAAAUCUCUCUCUCACUCAAAAAAAAAAAGAAAAAAAAAAGAAAAACUCUGAUUUCAUUUUCAACACCAUCCAAAGUUUCAGGAAGAUGGAAGUAGCAUCUGAUGUUCAUAGUUGGGACGAGCUGAUACCCGAUACUCUAGGGGUGAUUUUCGCGAAACUUUCUAUCCAAGAAAGAUUGACUGUGAUCCCAAGAGUAUGUAAGUCAUGGGCCAGAGCUGUAACUGGACCUUACUGCUGGCAAGAGAUUGACAUUGAUGACUGGAGCAGCUUCUGUGAGCCUCAGCACAUUGAGCGGAUGGUUGAGAUGCUGAUUACAAGAAGCUCUGGAUCCCUCCGCAAACUCAGUGUUUCUGGUCUCCAGACUGAGAGAAUAUUCAAUUUCAUUGCUGAAAAUGCUGGCUCCCUGCGAAAUUUAAGGAUGAUAAGAUGCAACAUGAGUAAUCAUGUAGUAGAAAAGAUGUCCGGAAGGCUAUCUAGAAUUUCUGUAUUAGAUUUGAGCUACUGCAUGCAAAUUGGAGAUGAAGGGAUCAAGAUAAUUGGAAAGAACUGCAAACAGCUAGAAGUUUUCUGUCGGAAUAUGCAUCCGUUAGACACUUCGGGACAGCCCUUAGACGAUGCUGAAGCGUUCGCCAUAGCCACUAAUAUGCCUAAGCUAAGGCAUCUUGAAAUGGCUUACCAUCUUAUCAGCAAUGAUGGUGUUCAUCAAAUCCUCUCAUCGUGUAUGAAGCUUGAACAUUUAGACCUGAGAGGCUGUUGGGGUGUACAACUUGACAACAUGUCUCUGAAUCAAAAGUUUCCAAACUUGAAGAUUUUGGGGCCUCAUGUUCUUGGCUGGGACGACAGCUCCGAUAUCUCAGAUUCUUCGUCCGAUUAUGUGGAUAGUGAUAUGGAUGAGUAUGACGAUGAAAGUGAUGAUGACAUGUGGUAUGAUGGAAUAAGGAUUGAGGGGCUUGAGCUUAGGGUUAGGGUUUAUGUUGGUAUUGAAGAUGCUGGAAUGCAUUGGCCUGCAUCUCCAUGAUGAGAUGUGUUAUUUGCUUGUGAAUUUUUACUAUGCUGUUUUCUGUUUUCUGUAAUUAGUGCUUCUACUUUGGACAUUUUAUGCUCUUUGCAUGAUGUGUACCAAAGAAAGAAGAAGAAAAAAAAGCAGUUGGGCUUUCUUGCAAGAACUUUACUUUUAGUAUAUCUUUUAUAUUUUUUCACAAUAUGAUUGUUAUUACAUCUUAUGAUA